UCUGGCGACAAUUAUCCUUCUUAUCGCAUCGCAGACCAUGGUCAGCUCGGCACCCAACAUUGGGAUAUACUUCAUUGCGAAAGAGAACGAUAACAUCGUGUCAGCACAGAGUAGUCGUGACAUCCCCAUGACGUCAGAUAUUGAUGCCAGUAAUGUGACGUCUAGCAAGUUCAACAACGGAAGUCACCCGAAUUCUUUGGCGUCGCAGAUUGGCGCAACUUCUGAAGUGGAACCUACCUGUGUACGUCAGAAAAACUUAGCCUUCAUCAAGACGCACAAAACAGGAAGUACCACGGUGGCUUCCAUCAUGCACCGAUACGCACUCUCGCACUGGUUAUCGUGUUUGGCCUACAAAUCAGACCCUACGCGAGGCCAUAUCAGAUUCGAUGUGCUCAAAGAGCGCUCCAACCGCAAAUUCAUCCCACCGCUUGGCGUCCGUGACGGAGACUACGAGAAUUACAAGGACUACAAUAUGCUGGCAGUCCACGUGCGCUAUCAGCCGGAGAUGUUGAAGAAGUUUAUGGCCGAAGAGACGAAGUACAUCACAAUUCUCCGGGAACCAAGCUCGCAUUUCGAGUCUGCCUUUACGUUCUUUGGAGCGGAGAGUGAGCUCUUUGGUACCCAUCACGUCGGCAAUAUAGCCAAGUUUGCCAAAAAGCCAAGCCAGCACUGGAACAGACUCUCAAGAGGCCAUAAGAAAUAUUACACGCGCAAUGGGCAGAUGUUUGAUCUUUCAUUAGACCAAAGGAUACACACCGAUAGAACGAUUGUGAAAUCGAUCAUUGAUGAUAUCGCAAAGAAAUUCAGCUUGGUCUUGAUCAUGGAAUAUAUGGAUGAAUCGCUUCUGUUGCUGAAGAAAUUAAUGUGUUGGGACUUCAGGGACAUUUCCUACGUCGUAAAGAACCACCGCGCGCAUACCUCCAAGAUGGCGGACGGCGUGCGCGUGGCGCUGCGUAAAUGGAACUGGGCGGACAACCUGUUAUACGAGCAUUUUAAUGCCACACUGUGGAAGAAGAUUGCUAAAUACGGACCGACGUUCAAGGAAGACUUAGUGAAAUUUAGAGAAAUCUUGAAAGAAGACUACGACGAGUGUGUAGCCCAGGAAUUAAUAAAAAGAAAGAAUAAAAUUGUAAGGACGGAGUUGGCUAAUAAUUCCGACUAUUGUACCAAUUUGGCAGGUAGUCCAUAUCGUUUAUUUAACAAAGUUUACAAACGGCAGAUGGAUAACAUGAAAGUGACUUAACAUAUUGUGCAAUUGACAUUAUAUGACGUCAUCAUAUCAUAGCGCCCUCCCUCAGAUGGUAUAGGAAUACGCGUAGACGGCGAUUUGUCAGAGAUGCGCCAGCUGCAGCUCACCUACGUACGCAUACAAGGCAGAAGGAUAUGCUAACAGAUGAAAUCUAUCGUUCUAGAAAGAAUUGGAAUUGCGUGGAAUGGUUAUUUACAUAUAUAUACUGAUGGAUCUAAAUACGAAAAUUUUAGAACGGGGGCAGCAUUUUAUGUUCCUCAAUAUAAAAUAAAAAAGUAUUUCAGGUUGUCAAAUGUAUGUAUUAUGAGAGUGGAACUCAUGGCCAUUUUAAUGGCACUUGAGUGGUUACACUCCUUUGAUAAACCAUGUUCAGUUGUAAUUUUUGCGACUCUUUGUCAGCACUGAAUAUGAUCGAUUCAUAUUUCAUAAAAGACACUAUUGUCAAUGAAAUUUAAUUCAAAAUUUAUAGACUCACUUUAAAAAAUGUUUGUAUUAAAACUGAAUGGAUUCCCUCACAUUGUGAUGUUAACGGUAAUGAGAAAGUCGAUAAAGUUGCCAAUAAAGGAGCAGCGAAAAAAAUUGUAUACAUCGUUUUACCAAACACUACAAAUUAACUUGCUCACGCAUUGCAUUUUAUAAAGUUGUAUGGCAAGCAGAUUGGAAUGUGUCUAGAAACGGUAGAUCUUUAUAUGCUAUUCGUGAUAGUGUAUUUAAGCAGGCAUAUAGAAAAGAUUUUUCUCGGAAAGAGGAAUGCCUCCUUCAUCAAAUCACAGUAGGUAAGUGCAAAUUAAACUAUUAUAUGUUUCAAAUUAAACAGCACUCUUCAGGCCUCUGUGAGGUGUGCAAAGUAUUUGGGACUAUU